AUGACUCAAAACUCGUUUCAUUUCUUCAUUCAUAAGAUGUGGAAGCGAAUCUCAAUUUCAAAUGGAAUUGCUGAGAUAAACUAUCAGAAUUUUCUUCCUUUUACGUGUGAGAACUUUGAAGAGAACAUGACUUUUGAGGAUUCCAUUCCAAUAAAUGACGACGACGACGACAUCAUCGGUCAAAGCUCGGACAAGACUAUUAUGGAUAUGCCGUGCGAAAAUUAA